AUGUCGAACUCAGACUACUCAGAGGAGUUCGAGGACAAACCACUCCCUUUGAACUUGUAUGACGAAAAUGACGAUGAGAGAGAUCUCUGGAUCAAACCAAGACUAGAGAGCCUGGCCAAUGGGACUCUAACUCCCAAUCAGCUGGCAAUUGAUGUCGACACCAGAAUCACAGAGGAUACAAACCGGAAACAUGACGAGUUGAUGAAACGGCCCGACCCCUGCCAUCUGACUGAGGAAGAAGAAGAAGACGAGAUGCACAUAGUGCCCCGUCCCAGAUACCACAUUUCUCCAUUGUUUUCGGCCAUUGUGCGCCUCUGCACGGCCUUUCCGGCCUGUCACCCGGGACAGACUCGAAUUGUUGAAUUCCUUCUCGCACUGCAAUCCCUUCCCCGCCAUGAAAUCUAUGCAGGUCUGCCCCCGGAGGACCCGAGCGAGCCGUAUCUGACGGUGCCACUCUGGCGUUUUGAGGAGGAAGAAGGACACUGGCAGAUGUUUCCAACUUACUUCCAGGAAGAGAUGAAAGUAUGGCUCGCUCCGUACCGCUUGCGGAACCUCAACGUUGCCAUGGCCCGAUUGACUGCCCUGAAACUCUGCAACUGCGCUAGGUUAAGCGCUCUUCUCUAUAUUCUGCCAUCAAAUAACGAAUAUCCGGAUCUGGAGAAGCGUCCCAUCGAUGGGCCAAAUAAGCUCGGCAACAACUUGAUUGCAGCUGCCCAGUGGAUCCUGCCACAGGAAGAGGGCCAAUUUGUCUAUCAAGAGUGCAAAAAGUUUGAAAGUGAUCCGGAGUGGAGGAAGAUCUGGUGUAUGGCGCAUUGGAGGGAAUGGAAGCGUCAGUUUGCUUUUGUUGCGGGGGAUGAGCGAUUCGCUGUGAGGUACAGGGAGGUGGCUGAGCGGGCUUAUCGUCAGAUGCUUGUAUACGAGGAGGAAGAUACCAAAGGCCAGUAG